CCGCAGGGAUCAGAGAUGAUAAAACUCUCCCAGUCCCAGCAAACCAUCUCGGAUGCUCCAAGGGUGAUGCCCGAGCACGCAGCGGACGGCAUGGAUGGCAAGAGCUUCACCCAGAUUGACAAGUACCUGUACCACAUGCGGCUCUCCGAGGAGACCCUCCAGGAGGUGUCCCAGCGCUUCGGGAAGGAGAUGGAGAAGGGGCUGGGAGCAGACACCAACCCCACCGCCUCGGUGAAGAUGCUGCCAACCUUCGUGAGAUCCACCCCGGAUGGGACAGAGGAUGGGGACUUCCUGGCGCUGGACCUUGGAGGCACCAAUUUCCGUGUGCUGAGGGUGAAGGUGUCGGACAACGGCCUGCAGAAGGUGGAGAUGGAGAAUCAGAUCUACGCCAUCCCCGAGGAGCUCAUGAGAGGCAGUGGGGUGCAGCUCUUUGACCACAUUGCUGAGUGCUUGGCCAACUUCAUGGAUAAGCUGAAAAUCAAAGACAAGAAACUCCCCCUUGGCUUCACCUUCUCCUUCCCGUGCCACCAGACCAAGCUGGAUGAGAGCAUCCUCGUUACGUGGACAAAGGGGUUCAAGUGCAGCAGCGUGGAGGGCAAGGACGUGGUGUCGAUGCUGCGCAAGUCCAUCAAGAAGAGAGGGGACUUUGACAUUGACAUCGUGGCCGUGGUGAACGACACCGUGGGGACCAUGAUGACCUGUGGCUAUGAUGAUCAUAACUGUGAAGUUGGCCUCAUUGUUGGUACGGGUACCAACGCCUGUUACAUGGAGGAGAUGAGGCACAUCGACCUGGUGGAAGGCGACGAAGGCCGGAUGUGCAUCAACAUGGAAUGGGGAGCGUUUGGGGACGACGGCGUCCUCAAAGACAUCCGGACCGAGUUCGACCACGAGAUUGACAUGGGCUCGCUCAACCCCGGCAAGCAACUGUUUGAGAAGAUGAUCAGUGGGAUGUACAUGGGAGAGCUGGUGAGGCUCAUCCUGGUGAAGAUGGCCAAGGAAGGGCUCCUGUUUGGAGGAAGGCUCACACCAGAUCUGCUCACUACCGGCCACUUUGAGACCAGAUACAUCUCUGCUAUUGAGAAGGAGAAGGAAGGGCUGCAGAAAGCCCACGAGAUCCUGAGCAAGCUGGGCCUGGAGCCGUCCCACGAGGACUGCGUGGCCACGCUCCGCAUCUGCCAGAUCGUGUCCACGCGCUCGGCCAACCUCUGCGGGGCCACGCUGGCCGCCGUGCUGCGGCGCAUCAAGGACAACAAGGGCGUGGAGAGGCUGCGGUCCACGGUCGGCGUGGAUGGCUCCGUCUACAAGAAGCAUCCUCACUUUGCCCGGCGCCUCCAUAAGACGGUGCGGAAGCUGCUGCCGGACUGCGAGAUCCGCUUCGUGCGGUCGGAGGACGGCAGCGGCAAAGGGGCCGCCAUGGUGACGGCCGUGGCCUACAGACUGGCUGCCCAGCACAAGGCACGGCAGAAGAUCCUCGAGGCGCUCAAGCUGAGCCACGAGCAGCUCCUGGAGGUGAAGCAGAGGAUGAGGAUGGAGAUGGAGAAGGGGCUGGGCAAGGAGACGCACGCAGAGGCGGCCGUGAAGAUGCUGCCCACCUACGUGUGCUCGACCCCAGACGGCACAGAGAAAGGAGAUUUCCUCGCCCUGGACCUGGGAGGUACCAACUUCCGUGUGCUGCUGGUGCGCGUGAGGAACGGGAUGAGGCGCGGCGUGGAGAUGCACAACAAGAUCUACUCCAUCCCGGUGGAGAUCAUGCAGGGGACGGGAGAGGAGCUCUUUGACCACAUUGUCCACUGCAUCUCCGACUUCCUGGAAUACAUGGGAAUGAAGGGCGUAUCGCUCCCGCUUGGAUUCACGUUCUCCUUCCCUUGCCAGCAGACCAGCCUGGAUGAGGGAAUUCUCCUCAAGUGGACAAAGGGUUUCAAGGCGACCGGGUGUGAAGGAGAGGACGUGGUGAACCUGCUGAAGGAGGCGAUCCACAGGAGGGAGGAAUUUGACCUGGACGUGGUGGCGGUGGUAAAUGACACGGUUGGCACCAUGAUGACCUGCGGAUAUGAAGAUCCGUACUGUGAAGUUGGGCUGAUUGUUGGCACGGGCAGCAACGCCUGUUACAUGGAGGAGAUGAGGAACGUGGAGCUGGUGGAAGGGGAGGAGGGCAGGAUGUGCAUCAACAUGGAGUGGGGAGCGUUUGGGGACAACGGGUGCUUGGAUGACAUCCGGACCGAGUUCGACCUGGCGGUGGACGAGCUCUCUCUCAACCCAGGGAAGCAAAGGUUUGAGAAGAUGAUCAGUGGGAUGUACCUGGGGGAGAUCGUCCGCAACAUCCUGAUGGAUUUCACCAAGCGAGGGCUGCUCUUCCGGGGACGGAUCUCAGAGAGGCUCAAGACCAGAGGGAUCUUUGAGACCAAGUUCCUGUCGCAGAUCGAAAGCGACUGCUUAGCCCUGCUCCAGGUCCGCUCCAUCCUGCAGCACCUUGGCCUGGAGAGCACGUGCGACGACAGCAUCAUCGUGAAGGAGGUGUGCGCGGUGGUGGCGCGGCGCGCGGCGCAGCUCUGCGGCGCGGGCAUGGCUGCCGUGGUGGACAAGAUCCGCGAGAACCGCGGCCUCGACUUCCUCAAGGUCACCGUCGGUGUGGACGGGACCCUCUACAAGCUGCACCCGCACUUCUCCACGGUCAUGCACGAGACAGUGAAGCAGCUGUCCCCCAAGUGCGAAGUGACCUUCCUGCAGUCGGAGGACGGCAGCGGCAAGGGCGCAGCGCUCAUCACAGCCGUGGCGUGCCGCAUCCGGGAGGCUGGCCAGCGGUAGGAGCAAGGAGGGGUUGCCGAAGAGCUUGGUGUCAGCAAAGCAGGACAUUCCCCUUCCUUCCCUCCCUCCGUACACACACACACACACACACACACAUACACGUGCAGCCUCCCCCUGCAAGCAGACUCUUAGCUUUACUUGUUCUCUCGAGCUCCUCCCAAGUGGGACUGGAGAUGCUGUGUGCUUUGUUAUAAAGUGUUGUCUUAGGAGUUUUACUGCAUGCCAUAAAACCGCCUCUCAAGUAAAGCUAAAAGUGUC